GCUCCACCUCCAUGUACCUACUACCCGCAACUAGUCAAGGAGUUUUAUGCCAACGUCAUUGAAAGGAAAAACAUGAAGAAUACAAUUGAGAGUGAACAUCCACAUCACCAACGAACUCCUCAAAAGCAAUUUCAACAUCACCAAGUUGGGUCGUCCCUUUGCUCUUAACAUGGACGGAGAAAUUGGGAGUGACCCCUACUACAACCCAAUCACGGCGGCUCAAUAUUUCGGACUUCAAGAGAAGUUGGGUGCCCGAAAGCUCAGACAACUACACAAUCGGGCUAUCUUUAUUCUUUUAACGUCAUGCCAAGAGCUAGUGGGCUCAACAAGAUGCGUAGCGCCGAUCUCUAUUUCGCCUACAAGAUGCACACCAACAUUGGGGAGAUAUAUGAGAUUCCUCUUCGGGGGAGAAGAAGCCCGAGAGACAUACUUCAUACUCGACGAUGAUGUCAUAUCAUGCGACAUCUUCACUGCUUCCAAGAGGCACCCGACGCACCUUGGAGAUGUGUACUCAAUUUCCAUUGGGAACUUCAAGGAGAAGGGGAAGCCCAAGAAGAAGCCGAAGACGAAGAGCAACACUAAGAGGGAGCAAGAGCACCUCCAACCGUAGCACCUUACAGGCUUACAAUAUGGAUUACUUGACCAAGCAAUUCGAUCUAAUCCAUACGGAGCUAGCGGAGCACCAACUGGAUUUGAGGGAGCAACGACAUCAUUAUUGUCUGGAGCAUUUCAAGGAAUGAGAGAGCACCUAUGGAGCAUGAAUCAUUAUUGUCUGGAGCAUGAACCAUUCCUUGAUCCUAGUUUUCAAUUUCCGUACUUGCUACUUAUGUGCUACGUAGUACGACUUGUGCUUAUUGUUAAAAUUGCUAAUUAUUUUUGUUGACAAGCUUUUAUUGAUUCUUGUGAUUUUGACAUUGAAACAAUGUGAUUUAAGUGUGAGGAAUGAUUUUAGACUUUAAAUUUUGA